AAGCAACUGGUUAAAUUUGAGGGGUUUUUUUUCUUCUAAAACACAUCCCCAACAAUUUUGUGUAUACAAUUGCCACCAGCUUUGUAAGGGUAGGAUUAUUGCAUUUAUCACUUUGUAAAAAUGUUACAUUUAUAAAGAAAUGGCAUAUAUAUUUAAACUCUUCGUGAACCUUCAAACCCAUUGCAUUCAUUUACACAUUUUGAAUUCCACAAUGAAGCAUUAUUGCUUCCAGACAUCCAUAUUCGUAAAAUAUGUUUGUAAGUAAACAUUUGUAAAAUGGAAAACGCAUUCGUGUUUGCUAAAGGUUUGCAUUGUAUACUACUAGCAUGCAAAAUAUUCCUAUGCAAAUAUUAGUAUAUCUAGUUAUCGCAUGCACCAGCAGGGGUCAGUGUUUCUCAGAGCAUUGUCAGCUUUCUGUUUCGUUUCUUCAUCUCAGCCAGAUUCAUUUUCAUAUUAUGAACAAACCAUAACAGAAACUUAAAGAAGUGUGUUUUACAUUCUUAAGUUUCGGUUUACUUAGUGCCACCACCCUUCCUCUGGUUGCUGCUGAGUCACAGCCACAAGCUGUUUGUCAACUCUACACAUCAGCUGUUCCACCUCAGGCUCUUCUUCAACCAACAGCCUCAUCUCAUCCGCUUUUAAAAGAUGGAACAACAGGAAUGGACACGAAUCUUCCAGAGUCAUGUUGAAAUGCUCAAUAGCAAAGGACACAUUUGGCAUUUGGAGUUUGAUGAAAAUAUUGAUCCUAAGAAUCCAGGAUGUUGGAAAACGUACAUCAGAAAAACAAGUGCAAGAUUCAGCUGUACCUCAUGUAGGAGAAGUUGGCCUUCAAACCGUGUCAUGGUGAUUUUCCACAUGCGCCUCAUGGAUAAUCAGGGCACUGUAAAGGUGAGAGCCUUGCGCCAAAACUGCAAGAAAUGUCACAAUGCGCCUAUGGUGAAGCCAAUCGUUGAGUCUGACAACAUUCAUAUCCUGAUGGAGAACCUGGUGGAGAAAAUACGAAUGAAGUGCUACCAGGAAAACCUCGGACCAAGAAACAGAGUUCCCAAAAGCCUUGAUGUCAAGAGUCCCCACGAGCCUAAUCAUUGCGAGGGAUGCAAGAUGGGACUCUGUACCAGAGAAUAAGCUAAUCAUAAUAAAGUGAUUACAUUUAUCGAUAUUCAAAUAAUCUCUAAUUAGGUGUUCAAAUGGACUUACAUAAAACUUGAAGUUAUAUAUUGAACACUCCAGUUUUUGUGUUGGAUGUGAAGUAUUUACAUAAUUUCAAUGCAUUGUUGUAAAAUCGCAUGAACAAUUUUAGAAAAGGUGCAAAAGAUUGUGUGCAAAGAUAGGUGAAUUUGAUGCAAUCAAAUGGUUCCCUUAUAUAGGUAAUUUUUGACCAAUCUGUAUAAUAUGAUUGAAUUUGACUUUGUAAAGUGCCUCGAGAUGACAUGUUUCAUGAAUUGGCGCUAUUUAAAUAAAAUUGAAUUGAAUUGAAUUGAAUAAUGUUGUCGUUGUGGUGUUUUCAUACUGUGCAACAUGCUAAUAAAAGGUUUAGUUGAUUGUAAAAAUGAAACACCUACUUUUGUGUUUGUCAACGAAAGGUGUGCAGAGUUAUAGGCAAUUACUUGUCAGGUUUGUGUUUGGGCGUUUAGGACCAAAAUGCAGACAAGAGCCAGGAAGCUGUGAGUAAUGAGAGAUUUAUUUGACAUAAUAAGGGCAUACAGGAAAUACAGGAACACGGCGUACAUGACCAGAACGGGUUGGACUGACGGAUGACCUGAUAACUGGGCAUGGCUAUCCAGAGUGAAUAAACAGGGAAGGACAAAAGGAGCAGCAGGUGGAGUAAGUUACACAGCUGAGAUGAGUAAAGGAAUUCAACAGGAGAGGAAGGGCAAUGAACUAGCAGGGGUAGAAGGAGAACUGAAUCGAACAGGGAAACAUGAGGAUGGCCAGACAUGAGGGAAAAAUCCAACUGAACUAAAGAA